AUGACUCCAACUCCAAGACCAUCUACCUGUGAAAAAAUUAACUUAUGGGUAAAUUUGUAUUGUGCUCAAUAUAUUCCUCUUACAAGUAAGUUUGGAGAAAGAGAUUUAGUAGGAGUAAUUGUUUAUGAAAAACAAAAUAAAGGAAAUAUUAUUCGAGUAAAAUCAAAUAUUGAAAGAAAUACUCUUAAUCCAAUAUGGAAUCGACCUGUAUUUCUUGAAGAUGUUGUAUUUGGUAGUCUUUUAUUCUUUGAAAUUAUUGAAAAUAAUAAAAUAAUUGCUAAAGCAUUAUAUCCAGUUCAAAAUAUUCCAAAUAAUAAAAGAAUGACAUAUGUCUUACCAUUAAUAACACCAUCACUAACAUAUUCAGGAAUAUUAAGAGUAGUAUGUUAUGAAGGGAAUUCAGCUCAAGAUGUAGCAAAUGUAAUAUUCAAAUUUAGUGAUUUAGAAGAAAAAAUGCCAGUUUGUAAUAAUAGAUCUCGGUUAGAAAUUAUUGCAGAAAAAAUUACAGGAAAUCAUUCACAUGUGUUUUGGGCUAUUGUAAGGAAUAAAAAAUUAUGUUAUUAUCAAAAAAAACAUAAAAGUGAAAUACUGAAUAAUAAAUUUAUUAUGUAUUUUGAAAUUGAAAAUGAAGAUUCUUUAGAAAUUAAAAUUAUUGAUAAAAAUGGAUUUCAUUAUUCGGAUUUUAUUUCAUUUAAAGAAAAACUUACUACUUUUAAAAGAAUUGAAACUGACCAUUAUGUUUAUUCUUUAAAAUUUAUUUUUACUCCUGUAAAUAAAAUACCACCUACAGAAAUAUUACCACCUGAAUGUCAAGAAUUUAUUACAGAUGAUUGGUAUACAUCAAUGGAUAUUGAUGUUGAAUCUUUUAUUGAAUACGAAAAUCCUGAAAAACAAACAACUCUUGUUACUGCUGAAACUUUUCAAAAUUUUCAUGUUGAAUAUGACUGUGAUUGUAUAACAGAUACUAUAGUUGAAUCGUGUCCAAUUCUUAAUAGACAUUAUUUAGAUAAACCAAUUAGAGAUGUCAUUUCAAAAGAAAAUAAUAAAAAAAUUUAUAGUUUUGGAGAUAGUUGUAUUGUUUGUUGUGGUGAAUCCAAUCAACUAGGUGUUUGUAAAGCAGUUAUUCUUAAUCCUAAAAAUACAAUUAAAUGUUAUUUAAAUACAAAUACAAUUGAUGAUGAUAUUGAAUCUAUGCUCAUGACUAAUACUCAUAAUAAAGUAAAAGUAAUACCAAAUACAAUGUUAGACAAAAUUAUUUUUCUUGAAGAUAGAUUAAACAAUAAUAAAGAAAAAUUUGGAAUUGUUGUUGGAACACCAGGUCAAGUUUCAGAAAACGAAUUCUUAUCAAAUAAAGAAUCAUCUCCACUUGCUUUGGAAUUCUUUAAUUUACUUGGUCAAACAAUUCAGUUAAAAGGAUUUACUAAAUAUAAGGCUGGAUUAGAUGUUCUUACAAACACAACUGGUACACAAUCAUUAUUCACUGAAUUUUGUCAAAUGGAAAUAAUGUUUCAUGUAUCGACAAUGUUACAACAUGUUGAAGGAGAUGAUCAAUUUUUAGAUAAGAAGAGACAUAUUGGUAAUGAUGUUUGUGUUAUCAUCUUCAAAGAAGGAAAUGAAAGUGUUGAUAUCUCAUCAUUUGUUUCACAUUUCAAUCAUGUGUUUAUUGUUGUCCAUCCUGUUGUAAUUGAUUCUAAAGAAUUAUACGAAGUUGUUGUUGUAACAAAACUAACUGUUAAAGCUUUUAGACCAAGAUUUCCAGAGUCUAAAUAUUUUAAAAGAGAUUCAGCCUUUAGAGAUUGGUUAUUGCAAAAACUUGUUAAUGGAGAACGAGCAUCUCUGCUUGUUGAUCAAUUUAUUCAAUCACAAAGUAUAGCAAGAAAAGGACUUAUUAAUGAAAUUAUAGUUAGCUCAACACAAAAAAAGAAAUAA